GCACACCCUGUCGAACAGAUAAACAGCACUUUGUAUGUAUUUCAGAGCUACGGAGGCAUUCAUAGUGUUGACACCCUUAGCGAUAUUAGAGCAGAAGAAGCACUCUGGUGGAAAUGUUGGCAUCAACCACAGAACAAGCGGGCAUGACAGGAACCCCUGGUUUGGGCUCAACAGCCAGUAAUGUCUCAACCUUCUUGGAUUCUGAAUUUCGUUACAUCCUCUUCCCAGUUGCCUAUGGCAUCAUCUUCAUCCUGGGCCUCUUUGCGAACAUCUACGUGCUGUUUGUCCUGCGCUGCCUCCGCGAGGCCAAGGCCAUGGGUGAAAUCCGCAUCUACAUGACCAACUUGACCAUUGCUGAUCUCCUUUUCGUGUGCGCCCUUCCCUUCUGGAUUGGUUAUUACAGUCGUCAUGGUAACUGGGUCUACACGGACUUCAUGUGCCGGCUGACAGGGUCGCUGUUCUUCAUCAACACCUACUGCUCCAUCCUCUUCCUCGGAGCCAUCAGUGUCAACCGUUACUGGGCAGUCACCCGCCCGCUGGAUGCGGCCUCUUCGGACCACAGGCGCCGUGGGAUCAUUGUGUGCAUUGUCAUCUGGAUGUUCACGGUAGUGAUGGCUAUUCCAUCUCUGGUAUCUCCAGGGACCAACACUGAUGUGAACAAUGUCACUCACUGUUUCGAGGGGUACCAGAACGAAACAGAUAAGGAGAAGAAAACAGUGGCCGCCACUCAUUUUGCAAUAAUUGGAAUGUUUUUUGUUGUCUUUUUUCUUGUUGUUGUGUGCAAUUGCCUUAUUGCUCGAGCGUUACUUUCUCAAAAAACUCCUCAGUCAGAAUUCAGGUCUUCAACAAUUAAACCCCGAAAGUCCAAAAGGACCCCAUCCUUUGCAACGAUAAGACCCAGAGGGGUGAAACGGAGGGCUCUCCAGAUGUUGCUGGCAGUGGUGGGAGUGUUUGCUCUGUGUUUCCUGCCCCACCAUCUAAUCCAAGGCUUUUGGACACUAGCGGUGUUGCAGAUCAAACAGGGCUGGGGCCACGUGGACUGGGACCAGAGGACUCUUCAGGUGUUCAACGAUGCACACCAGAUCACCUUGCUUCUCAUGGGCCUCAACUGCAUUUUGGAUCCUGUAGUUUACUUUUUCGCCACAAGGAAAUUUAGAAGGUUCAUCAUGGAGCACAUUAAAAAGUUAGGAAAGGGAGAACGGUGCGCACACACGGUCACCUCUCAGAUCUCUAUGGACAGCAGGAAUCAGAGCCAAAAAGUUCAGAGCGAACAUGAACAACCUGAAAAGGAUUGAUCCAAACAUUUGUAAUAGAAAUAAAAAUGUAGAUAUCGGUUACUUGUGUGUGAAAGACCUCACCUCCCUUGUUGCUGCUAAUUGAAGAUACAGUAUUUUGUUUCACCUCUGGAACUGUGAGCAGUUUAAGGUUUUAUGCAAUGCAAUGUGUUCGUGGCUCCUCGCCCUCAGGGUCUCUGUUACGAAACUUUAAUGUGGUCUCAGACAGAUAUCUGUCCAGGAACUGUCUGAGUUGCAGCAGGCCUUAUGCACUUCCUGUGAGAAGUUCAAACUGAAAAGCAGAAGUUUUGUGAGCAGAAGUACACGACUCUAUGAAGGUUACUUAUCACUUUGUGAAAUUAAGUGUGGAGACACCAGGCACAUUAUUUAAAUCCUCACACAGGUGUUGUUCUGCAUAAAGUAGGGCGCCAAAAACAGGAGGGAAGUCAACAGCAACAAACAUAUAUUCUGAGACUAAUGACCUCUCCUGGGGUGUUAAAGAAGUAGCUUCUCACACUUAAGCUCAGUAGGCGCUGUAAAAUAAAAUAAGUAAAAUAAGUAAAAGUAAAAUACAAUGAUAAUGAGAUUGUAGUUUUGCAUCAGAGAAGUUCCUUUUUAUUUAUUCAUUUUCUUUUAGCUUUUCUCAGACAGGUUUAUCUGGUAUUGUGAAAACAGGGAACAGAGGUAAUACUGUUUGAGUACUGUUUUGCCUCUGGCAUCCAGUAAUGUAAGUUUGCAUCUAUGUUUCAUGGUAAAAAAACAAGAUUCCCUGAUUGACUGUAAUGAAGAAAGUUGUUUAAAUCUGCUGUAUAUGUACUUGCACUAUGAUUUUAAAUAUACUGUGAUCUUACCUGCUGUUGCAAAACAGAGAUAUGUUUGUUUUUUUUUAUUCUGUGGAACAGCUUUGGUUAUCUUGUCGUCUGUAGUGUUACUUUGAUCUUUCAAAAGGAAAAUAUGCUGGGAUCAUAUCACAUAAUCUUGUAAUUAAACUUUUACUUGUGGAUUUAA